AUGGGGUCCAGGAGCGGGGAAGGCUGGGCCAGCGCAGUUGCUUCUUUCCGCUCGUGCCCCACAGCCUUCCUCUCCCAUGGGGCUGGCGACACCUUUGUGGCCGAGCUGUUGCAGGAGCUCCGAGGCGAGAGGCUGGGGGAGCAGAUCAAGGUACGUGAGACCCACGGCUUAGAGGGUGUUUGUGGGUGGGGUGAGAACAUGCCUCUAACUUUCCCCCAGCACCCACAAAAGGGUAAGUUGUGAGACUGGCCUUGUCGCUCAUUUGGGAAGACCACCCUGUCAAUGAGCCCACUAAAACCACUAGUCUGGAGAGGAGGAAAAGUCUGCAAAGAGUCUCGCUCGCAGGUCCACCAACCCUCCAGUAUGGCACCCACAAAAGGUCUUCAAGUAAACAUCUCCUCAAAAAUCCACAAUGCACGAGAUUGGGGUGGGCAGCAACACACCAUUUUGUGUUCCUGUUUCUUUCCCUGCUCUUUUAGACACGGCUGCCAUUUGGGAUGUGCUGCGUUGCCCGUGGCGGCCAUUUUGUCUUAGCCGCACAUCACACGGCUGCUAUUUUGUGAUCAGCUUCCUCAGAAUUCGGAAUGUGCCCACUGGUGUACAAAACCGUGAAUCAAACCAAUCUGCACAUGUACCCCAUGUAAAUGCAAUGUGAACACCAACAGAUACUUAUAACACAAGGUAAAAAACAAAACAAAGAGGCAAAUAAAAAACUCAAAACACCUAAAGAAGGAGGAUGGGGGAGGGGAGAGAAAACAUUUCAAAAAGCUAUAAAUAUUUGUUUGUUUGUCUCAUUGAUGCUCACUGAGUGGGGAUUUCAACACUGCUCAGUGUCGGACAUGCCCUCUCAUGUAGGGCCUUCUAAAGACUUUUUUUCUUUUUAUAUACUUAAUUUAAUUAAAUUUUCUGUUUUACAAUUUAGAAUGCUCAUUUAAGUAUCCUUAAAAUAUCAGUGACUUCCCUUCUUCUCUUUCAAUGGGUCAUUUUGCAUAUCAUAAAUCCCUGCAUAUUUUACAAAAACUAAACCAUUCAGUAUUCCAUUAUUAAAUCCAUCAAAACUUAUUUACACUGUUGAAUUUAUCUUAGGGCUGCCGAAGUUUUCAAGUGUACACAAUUUCCCCCCAUAUAUUCAAUAAACGUUUUCCAAUCUUCUCUAAAGUAUGUUCUUCUUGUUCUCUUAUUUUAUAUGUUAAGUCUGCAAGCUGUGCAUAUUCUGUCAGCUUAAGUCUAAAGACUUGGGUUUUUUUCACCUGGCUUUCCCUGACAGCUUCUUCUUUUCCCCCUUCUGGACAGAUCUCCAUGUUGACCCUCCUUUUGGAGUACCCCACCCUGUUGUGCCCAGAUGCCAAGGCAGGGCAAGAGGUGGCCGCGUCCCUCCUCUCCCUCUUUGGCCAGCUGGGCCCCUCGUCCAAGCAGCAGGCAUAUCUGCGAUGCCAACUCCUCUAUGCCAUGGCAACAGUACUUGUGGCCACAGACUCCUUCGCCGAGAGCUGCCAGGCUGCCCAUGAAUACUUCUCCCUGCUGCUGCAACUGGUGUCUGACCUCAACGACUGCCGUGGGGGAGCCGCGGAGCGCCCCGUGCGAGUCGCGGCUUGCGAGUGCCUGCGGGAGCUUGAGAGCUGCUACCCGGGGCUCCUCUCUCAGCGCCUGGCCGUCCUGCGCUCCCUGCAACACCAGGAGACGUCGCCCGCCCACCAGGGCUACACGCUGCUCUACGGGCUGGCCUUGAGGAACGCCAUCUUGCGCUUGGCCAGACGGGGAGGCCUCGGGACUCUGGGGGAACUCCUGGAGAGCAAAGAGGGACUGGUGUGGGAGGCCACGAGGGAACUGGGGGACCUUUCUGUGGCAACCCUCGAGCAGCUGGCCCUGCUCCCCUCGCCGGGCGACGUCAAGGACCUGAAAGCUGUGGUGUCCUCCCUCCUUGACAGCUCCUAUCUCCUGUCCUCUGUGGCCCAGAGCCACCUCCUGUGGCAGCUGGCCCAGGCCGUCAGCGUUGUGCGCACCCAGUCUCCCGCCAUCUUUAAGGCGCAGCUGGUACGCCUCUUUGGCACGGCGGCGGUGACGCUCCAGCAUGCCGUCUUGCAACUCAAGGGCCUCUUCACUGACAGCCUCUUCACGGCUGAGGACGAGGCCUUCCUGCUGCGCCGCCUCGUGGGUCUGGCCCAGCACCCAGCCUUGCCCGCCCCGGUGAAGCUCUUCCACUUGGACUGCCUCCUGCACUUCCCUGAAAACCGGCCGCUGGGCUCGGCCACGGAGGACGAGGGCCUGCCGGUCUUGCUCACCCCUCGCACCACGUCCGGCCUGUUCCCUGGACUCUUCCAGGACCAGGGCACGGUUUUGGCCCGGCUGAACCUGCUGUGCCUGGUGUGUGUGGAGAGCGAAGGCCCAACGGCCGAGCGCGCUGUGGGAUACCUCCUGGAGCACGUGUUGACCCUCGGGGGGCUGGUGGCCAGGGGAGGAGGACCGGAGGCCACCCGGCUUUUCUUCCGGGCAGCCUUCUUAUUCGCCCGCUACUUUGGCUCCCGAGAGCAGCCAAUGGCAGAGCUCACCCAGUGCCUCUUGGGCCUGUACCGCCAGAACUGUGCCCUGGCGCCGAACCUGAUAGAUCUUUUGGACGAGGCGUGGAAGUUUCCAGAAGAGGGCAGCUGGGCCAGCAGGCUGGCCCAGGCCUUGAAAGGACUCGUUGUGGGCGUUCCCUUGCAAGAGGAGGACCUGCCUUGGCACCUCAAGGUCUUGGCGCGGCUGGCAAAGGAAAAGGACAUCCCUCAGGGCAGCACCAUGCAGUUCCUGAGGCGCCUGGUAGCCUCGGGCCGCCUUGGGGGCUGGCGCUCAGGCCAGGUCCUCCUGAGCGUCUGCCGCAACUUGAUGCAGCUGCGCCCGCUGCCCGCCCCGGCCCACUUAGCCGACCUCCUGCAGGCUGUGUCUCUCAGCCACCUGGACGUGGACGUGCGAGACCGGGCUCGGUUCUACUACACCUUGCUGGCCAACCUCUCUGGUGAGAAACUCGGGGCUGUGCUGGCUCCAGGAGGUGCUGUCAAGGCCCGGACGCUCUCCUCCUCCAUCGUGGCUGACAGCCAGAGCUUCGUGGCCUCUCUGACUGUGCACCCGGUGCAGCCAGCCCCACUGAGGCUGCGGCGGGUGGGGGCGAGCGGCAACAGGCCUGAGCAGGCCCCUCACCCUGAGCAAGACGUGGAGGGCUAUUGCCAGUGGUUGCUGGAGCCCCGCUCCCCAUCGCAGCUCAGCUUGACGUACCAGCUGGUCCACACGGGUCCUUCAAGCCCCCCCUACGACCUCCUGCUCUGCGUGGUCCUUCGCUUCAUGUGCUCGGACCGGCAUUAUGAGCCCAUCCCAGAACUGUGCGUGCCCUGUCUCUCAGCAGCGCGCCCUCCCCGGACGCUGACGCUCACACUGCAGCCACGUUGCCCCUACCCGACGCAACUGGAUGUUUUUGCUGUCUACACAACACAGGAAGGCCUUACGCGCUCCAGCCAGCUGGAGCCGUUGGAGGUAGCCUUUCCCGAUCUCUUCAUGCCCCUGGCGGUGCCUUCCUGGAGUUUAGAAAAGCGCCGCCGUCUCUUUGGCGCCCUCUGGCAACGCCUUCACCCUGACAGCAAUGAAGCGGGUGCUGAAAGCCUCACCACCUGGCCUGUGGCACCUCAGUCCCUGCCAUCCCUGGUAUGCGAUCACUUUUCCCGGUACGUUUUGGCCGAGCAGUCGGGCUCCUACGAAAUUGGCAUGGCCCUCCCUCCCCAAUACCACAUUCUCCUCCGGGUGCAGAGUGUGGGAGAGGCGGCCUGCGUGGGCAUUCGCACAGACAACUGGAGACUGCUGCCCUCGCUGAACAGCUACUUGCAAAGUCUUGUGGAAGCGAAUUGA